GUUCCUCUUUUCCUCUUUUUUUAAAACAACGGCCAUAAAAUAAUGAGUUGUCAACAAGAAAUCAUUAAAAAAUUCUGUAGUUCGCACUUAGACCAUCAAGUGCAUAUACCGAAGAUAAGAUCGACACUUUACGUGAAAUCUUUAAAGACAUUUCAAGAAUUACAUGAAAAACCAUCAGUAGACACACUUUAUGAUUACGCCAAAAAGUAUUCCAAUGUUCUAAAAGAUCAAAUCCAAUCAGUCGAAAAGUACUAUGGAACUGAAGCAACAAAAGAAAGACACAUGUAUCAACAACUAGAGAGAAUAUGGGAUUUAUGCCAAAUUCUGUAUUUCCCAGAACCCGCCCAAGUUGACACCGAAACACUAUUGAUGGAUUGGUACAACAAUGCUUAUAAACCAUAUUUGUUCGAAUUUGACAGACAGAGUAUAUUUUUUUGUAAAUCAACAUUCGACCACCCCGAUUUCUGGCCCUAUGCGAUACGAUUGAUACUUUUUGGUCGGUUGGAGCAACUUUCAAUAUUGUUUUCACACGUGUUGAAGGACACUGAAUUUCAGCUUCAUUGGGAUUUAUUAGAAUUUAUGCAGUGUUUAAAAGAAUUGACAUGUCAUGGUAUUCAACAUUUAAAAUCGCAACACACAGAGUUGCAGCAACUCUUAUCGAGAUUAUGUCACAUUCAAAAUUCAUCACAUGCCGAAAAUUUGAAGGACGUGAAACAUGGUAAUGGUGAUGCGAGUAUCAGGCUGUUUCUUGAGGGACGGAUCUAUGAGGCCACCGAAGCUUGUGCAGAGUAUGAUUGGUGGCUCAUUGCUCAUUUAGUUGAUUUGUUAAACAUGAAAGAUAUGAUGAAUCGGUCUCUAUAUUACACGCUUGAGGACGGUGCUACGUUGACAAUGGGGGCAAGGGAAUAUUUCAUAUUGACAUAUGCGUCUAACUUGAACAACCAGUUUGGGUUAUGGGAAGAAUCGUUCACCUAUCUUAUGACAUGCGGAGAGAUCGGAAAGGCUGCGGUUAUAGAGCAUUUAAGGAAUAUGGAUUUCCAAAACGAUGAUAAAAAAUUAAAUGAUGUCGUCAAUUUCUGUAUCGAAUACUCAAUGAAGAACGAUGGACUUGUGUUGUUUGAGGAAAAAGCGUCACGCUGUCUAGAGUCGAAACAAUACAAGCAAGCAUUAGAAUACUAUAGUCAAGCAGGGAAAUAUCAAUAUCUGGAUCAUGUAUUCAAUUCUGUCCUGGAAGACUUUAUUCACACCGGUCAAUUAUAUGAUAUCCGAGAUAUUUGGCAUAUCAACGCAUUAUUCUCACUCGAGAAGUACCAAGAAGCGGCUGAUACCUUUAAAGCAUUACUGUCAUAUGAUUGUAUUCCAAGACUCAUGAUGCCUGUUAUCUUUGCCGAAGGAUGGAAAAUAAUAGAUAGAAGAGUACAUUUCAACCUAAAUGAUUUAUUAAUUAUGAAAACUAUGUGUCAAGAUCUAUGGAAGUUGUAUAAACCGGAGGACUUUGGUUGGUAUCAUUAUUACAAGUGCAAUGGUUAUAACAUCGAUGGAAACGAUGGGGAUAUCACCAAUGAUGUCCUUACUCAAGAUAUGUCUGAGUUCUUUGAUACAGCUAGUAUAAUUAUUACAAGGGCUAUUGAUGUAUUUGAAAAAAGCUAA